AUUCGAAUUAUGUCAGAUGAUAUCGAUAACUGAUUUGAGUAUUUAAAGGUUUGCUUGUGUUGGGUGGGGUCUUCAUUUCUGAAUUGGUUACGGCUAUACCAUGAUAAGUGCCUGGAUUCUACUUCCUCACAUUCAUACUAUGUCACAUUAACAUUAUCCAAUAUGCUUGCUUGCUAGUCCCACGCGAAAACUAGUAGCCUAGUUUUAUUACGCCUACAUUUUCCUGUAACCUUACAAAUUAUGGCACGCCCUGUGAUGGAGGGGCAAUUUCAGACUCAUUGCCACAUGGCUGUUACGGACACAACGUGUUUUUGGCGGUGUUAUUGGUCGAAGAAUUCACCUGUUAAAAGAGCACCGACCGUGAACGCAUGAAGAUAAUGAGGGCUGUAUGACUGCCUGUUGAGAAGCCCCUCAUGUGUAGAGGACAGACAUUCCUCAACAGUCUAGAACCAGUUCUGAACUGCACCCAUACCUUGGCAUGAUGGAAGCACUGGGGGUCAAGCACUUCUCUACAAUUGACUUUGUUGUGUUCGGGAUGCUACUGGUGAUAUCUGUGUCCAUUGGCUUGUACCAUGCUUUCUCUGGGGGGCGCCAGCGCACCACGCAGGAGUUUCUGAUGGCAGACCGGAGCAUGAGUUGCCUGCCACUUGCCUUGUCGCUCAUGGCAACCUUCCAGUCAGCCGUGGCCAUCGUUGGAACGCCUGCUGAGAUCUUCUAUAAUGGCACCCAGUACUGGUUUAUUGGCUGUGCCUACUUCUUGGGCCUGCUCAUACCAGCCCACAUCUUUAUCCCUAUUUUCUACCGCCUCCGUCUGAACAGUGCCUAUCAGUAUCUUGAACUUCGCUUCAGUAAGACGGUGCGGAUAUGUGGCACAAUAACUUUCAUCUUUCAGAUGAUAAUAUACAUGGGUGUGGGUAUCUACACGCCUGCUCUUGCGCUUAAUGCUGUCACUGGUUUUCACUUAUGGGGAGCUGUGCUGGCCAUUGGACUGGUCUGCACUGUCUACACAACACUGGGAGGACUAAAGGCAGUGAUCUGGGCAGAUGUGUUCCAGACGCUGGUGAUGUUCGCAGGGCAGUUUGCGGUCAUUGGUGUUGGAGUUCAUCAGGCAGGGGGUCCCGCUGAGGUCUGGAGGAAGGCCAGGGAUGGUGGACGCAUCUCAGGAAUCGAUUGGAACCCAGACCCCACACAGAGACAUACAUUCUGGACUCUGGGGGUUGGGGGGGUGUUCCUAAUGCUGGCCCUGUAUGGUGUGAACCAGGCACAGGUGCAGCGCUACCUCAGUUCACGCACCGAGAAGCAGGCCAUCAUGUCCCUCUACAUGGUGUUCCCCUGUCUACAGCUGGCUCUUGCUCUAAGUUGUUUGAUUGGUUUGGUUAUGUUUGCCUGUUACAAGGAAGACAACCCCUUACAGAAACAAUACAUCGCCAAGAAAGACCAGGUGGUGCUGUACUUUGUGAUGGAUAUGCUACAGGACUUCCCUGGUCUGCCGGGACUAUUUGUGGCCUGUUUAUUUAGCGCAUCCUUGAGCACCAUAUCCUCUGCCUUCAACUCCCUAGCCACCGUUACCAUGGAGGAUCUGAUCAAACCCCAUUUCACAAUGGAAGAGUCCAAGGCAACCCUGCUCUCCAAGAUGCUUGCAUUCUUGUAUGGGCUUUUGUGCCUUGCCAUGGCAUAUGUUGUCCACAUAUUGCACAGCUCUGUUCUGCAGGCUGCGAUCAGUAUCUUUGGGAUGGUUGGAGGUCCACUCCUAGGUGUCUUCUGUCUGGGCUUUUUCUUCCCCUCAGCCAACAGCACUGGUGCUGUCACAGGUCUUGUGGUUGGUCUGGCUGUAGCCUUCUGGAUUGGCAUUGGGAAUUUUGUGGCCAGAAAUUCAGCCAUUGUGCUGGAAUCCAACAGCACAGACAUACUAGACCUUGGGAAUAUAACCAUGGGCCCAGUGACUGCAGUUGUAGAGACAAGCCAGCCAAGCAUUCUACAAGCACUUUACUCCCUUUCAUACAUGUGGUACAGUGGCGUAAAUUCCACCAUAGUGGUCAUCAUAGGGCUCCUGGUCAGCUACAUGACAGGUCCCAUGGCUGAGAAGGACGUGACCCCAGGCACCCUGUAUCCAGUAUGGGGCAACUUGCGCAGGCUUUUCCAGCUGAGAGGCUGCUAUGCGCCUCCUGCACAGCACAAUACGUCAGCACAAGAAUGCCCCAUAUUACCUCAGAAAGAAAUGAAUGGAACUGUUACCAAGGUGACAGCGGAGGAAGAGCAACAGACAUUUCUUCCUGUGACUGCUAAAGUGCUGGUGGAACAGGAGUCAUCUGUGUAAGGCCACACCAUGGCCACUCUGCAUCAGAGGAAUGGUUAUCAAUGGAAAGCUCAUGGACAUCCUUUAUGCUGGAUAAGAUUAUGGCGUUUUUUUUCUUAUUCUGUUUACUAACGCAAGAGUUACAGAAGCCCAUGAUCCAUAAACAAAGAUGCACAUGACCAAAUCCAACCCCCUCCACCCGCCCCCCUCCCCAAAAGAAAAA